UGGACGUAGUUCGACUAUGCUCUGGCUUUGACUGCCUCCCACUGAAGAGAGUUAGGGUUCGCCUGUGUUCACCCUCUAUUUUGGCACAUCCAACACCCCAGCGCGCGAACAAAGGGGCUUUUCCCGCACGCGCACACAGUAGAAGAGGUAUUCAUCUAAUUCUCGGAUCCCGCGGAGUAUGUGGCUACCGAAUCUCUAAAGCGCGAAUGAAGGAAGAGGAUUGGAACAAAGCAAUUGCUAAACGAAACUCAUCAAAAGAGGAACUUGACUGCACGCACGCACGCGCAGAGGUCUUUCUUAACUGGACAAAACGACUGGUAAAUAAGAAUGUUUCUUCUCUCCACCGGCUGCAGAAUGUGCAUGUGCAUCAUCACCUUUCUGUCUGCAUUCGCAAUUUCCUGCCAUGCGUUCCGCAGUUGUGGGGAGGUACAGUGCGGUGAGGGCCAGCAGUGCUGUCCCCCUACGUUUACCGGCAACGGCAGUGCGAGCUCCACCGUGCGAUGCUGCAAACUCCCGCUGCACAUAUUCUUUGACAACGUGGGCUGGGUGACGCGCAAGCUCUCGGGCAUCCUGAUUCUGCUGCUACUCUUUGCCAUGGGCUACUUCAUCCAGCGAAUAAUCUGCCCGCGGCCGCGCCGACACCACCACCCUGAACACCCGGAGGAGCCCUCCCUCUUCCAAGGUCACACCACGGCGUCCCAAGACUCCCUACUGGACCGGUAUCCUGAAUACAGCUUUGGGGACUUAACUUCACCAGUGCUGCAGCUACCAGCAUAUGAUGAGGUGAAAUACUUGCCGACCUAUGAGGAGACAAUGCUGGAGGUUCACAGGGACCGGUCGGAUGAUAAUUUACUGGACCAGUCUGAAGAGCCUGCUGCAGGCACAGGGACGAGGGAGGGACUGAGAACCACAGAAGAGGGACGGGACAAUUUAGGACACACACCUCGAGCAUCUCGGAAUUCUGUCUGACUAAUUGUGAUGUGACUAUAAAAUUAUACAUUUUAUUAUGAACUGAAGAGAAACUUACAGACUAAACUUAAGUGCAAUUACCUUCAAUAUGUUGUAAUGAAUGUCGAAAGUAAUAUGAACUGUCAAUUUUGUCAAUGACGGUGGUUUUUAUACUUUUGGAAUGUUGACUCCCCUUUUCUAUGCAAAUCGCUAAGCCUGCUUGGUAUGAGAAAGAUAAUAAAAGAGAGAUGGCUGCAAAAAUCGGAGGCUCUUUUGUGUAUUGGCAGGCAGCUAAUUUGGCGCUUGUACAAUCACAUUACGUUUUUCUUCAAAGGUUAGAUUUCCAAUGGUACUGUGAGACAGAUGGCUUUCUCACGAAUUUUCAUUUAUUUUAUGAAAUGGUCAGGCUGAGAAUUUGUUUUUGAGUCUGCUUAAAAUACUUACAGCCUAAAUUUGCAACCUGUCAUAGCAGAAUAGUCAACAUUGUGUGAUGUCGAUUUCAGGCCAAAAAUAACCCUAGGAAUUAAUUAAAAUAACCUUCUCCAACACAUCUACAUCAGCAAGUUCUUUAAUCAAAUGUAUCAGAGGUUAAACACUGCAGCACCUGCACCUUUUCUGAGAGAUGCCCCAAAAACUGGAUCAAAGGCCAGUUUGGCUUUUUGUUAGUUUGUUGUGACCCUCUGCAUAUUGGAAAUCAAGCAAAUGUUCACAAAUUUUCAGGGGACCAUGCAGGUGACAGUAUACAUCACAGAUCAGUUAACAGAGACAGCAUGCCAUUUAUCGAUCAAUCAUAUUUACCUCUCUCUCUGUCCAUGUUUGUCUAGCAGACCAGUAAUUCUGCAGACAGGUACAUUAUAAUAGCUAUAUGAGUGUGCUCAAUACCAAAUAAUCACUGGCCUUGACACUUGUAAGUCUUGUAAUCCAGCAGGCACAGCUUACAUUAUAAUA